AUGAAUGAUGGUAUAACAGAAGUUAUCAAUGAAAGAGAAAAAAGAAUGCAUCAGGCAAUCAGAAAAGAAACAAAUGCCUGGACGUCAUACUCAAGCGAAGAUGAAGAAGAAGAUGAAGAUGAUAAUGAUGAAGGUGAAGACGAUGAUGAAGGUGAAGACGAUGAUGAAGAUGAAGACGAUGAAGAUGAAAAUGGAAGUGAAAAUGACGAGGAAUAUGAGACUGUAGAUGAAGAUGAAAAUGAAGACGAAGAUAAGGACUCAGAUUACGAACGAGAAUACGGCGAUAACACAACAUUGAACGAUACAGCAGUCAACAGUAAUGAAUUAGCAACAUCUAUUAAUGAAAGCACUACAGUAUUUGAUGAUCGUCUCGAAAGAACACUUAAUAAUCGUGGUCGAUAUGCUCGUUUGGGCAGCACAGGAAAAUUCUACUGUGGUGAUGCACUCGAUGGACCACAGUGUAACUGCUGUGAUGGUAAAUGUGGACCGACAAGUGGCUGCAAUUGCUCAUCAUGUAUGUUACUUGAUCUUCAGAAACGAGCUUUACCCCGAGGAUGGCUUGUCAACAGAGACGGUGCGUCAGCAAGAUGCAGUCGACAGAUGCUAACAACAUUCUAUUGUGGUCGAAGAGUCAUGCCAGAUGAUGGUACAAGUGAUGGAUAUUGUGGCCCCACCAAUGGACCACAAUGUACAGCAUGUCAAAUAUUGAACCAACAGCGUAGUGGUCGAUAUAACGAAAUCUGGAUUGUCAGUAGCAACGUAUCGGCAACAUCUACCAAUGAAAGCACUACAGUAUUUGAUGAUCGUCUCGAAAGAACACUCAAUAAUCGUGGUCGAUAUGCUCGUUUGGGCAGCACAGGAAAAUUCUACUGUGGUGGUGCACUCGAUGGAUCGCAGUGUAGCUGCUGUAAUGGUAAAUGCGGACUAACGAAUGGCUGCAAUUGCUCAUCAUGUAUGUUACUUGAUGUUCAAAAACGAGUUCUGCCUCGAGAAUGGCUUGUCAACAGAGACGGCGCACCAGCACGAUGCAGUAGCUUGGUACCGACGACAUUCUAUUGUGGUCGUAGGGUCAUGCCAGAUGAUGGUACAAGUGAUGGAUAUUGUGGGCCUACCGAUGGACCACAAUGUACAGCAUGCAAAAUAUUGAACCAGCAACAACGUGAUCGAUACAAGCAUAUUUGGAUUGCUACUUACAGUCAAUUUAAAUUGACUGAUGACAUUGAAGAAUCACCUUUCGAUCGUGAAUUUCUCAUGUCAGUUUACAAUAAUACUAAUGAAGGUGCACAAUUAAUAUCAAAAAUCAAAGAACAUAUGAAAGAUAGACAACGUUUCGUACAAAAAUCGAUUGAACAACAAGUAAAUGACGCAUUUGCCGCUGUAUUUGCUGUUUAUAUUAAACAUUAUCGUCGAAUUAAUUUAGCUAAACACGAACUAGCUCAAACGGAUAAUAAAAGACCACAUCAUAAACUUUUAUCACUCUAUGAAUAUGCCAAUCAUGUUCAAACAUUGUUUGCCACAACAAAAGCACAAGGUGGCGACUGUAAUGAACUUUACAAACAAAUAAAAACGAAUGCAUUAUUUCUUUUAUCAUCCGUUCAAUCAGAUAAUUCUAUUCCGAUCAUAAAUGAAGACCUUCUACAAUCAACAACAAGCACACAUAUAAUGACAACAGUAGAAUAUAAAAUAAAACCGUCAUUUAAGCGGCAAGUCUCACGAUGGACAACAGCGAAACGUGUCCUUCAAUUGCUUCGAAAUACAAUGAAUGCUUGUAUACGAUUUAAAAAGUUAAUGUUAGCCAAAAAACAAGCUAUUAGACAAAAAUUAGACAAUGAAAGUAUCUUAAAUCGAACAAUUGAUGCAUAUAUUUAUGGAGAUCCUUACAAAACAAUAACAAGUGAAGAAAAAUCAUUGGAAUCGGACGAACUUAUUCAAUGACUAACACGAAUAAUACCAAUUGAUACAGAAAACGAAACUACUUGUUCUUUAACUUGUAAAAAGAAUUCUUUAGAUAAUCUUGCUAUUGGUUGGUUCAUUAAAAGAGCAACAACAAUUGAAGAUGAUACAUCAAAUGUUUCAAAUGUUCUAUCAUCAAAAUUUGAUAUUGAACUCUCAAAAACAAACGAAACGAAUGCUGCCAUAAAUGCAAUUAUCGAUGCAUUGGUAUAUUUCAUACAAAUCGAUACGUCGACAAAUGAAUCUGUACCGUUAUUACAACUGAAACGUCGCUCAGUAGCCGUUUUAUUUCAUAUAUUGAAUGAUAAAGCUCUCGUCGAAGUAUUCAUGCAAAAACCAUAUGCACCCAUUAUUGUCAAAUUAUUCAUAUCUGAUUCAUUAUCAAAUAAUUGUCGACAACUGUCUGAUUUACGAUUAUUGAAUAGACAACAUUUGGAACAGUAUUGUUUGAGUUUAGAUGCAUGUCUAAGCUCAAAUGAGAUCGUAUCCAACGAUAAUGGUAAUAACAGUCAACUAUUGCAUGAUGUGACAGUUUUAAAUAGUAAGCAUAAAUUUUCUUCGCACGUUUGGAACAACAAUGAAAUUAGUCACAAUCAAUUAAUUCUUAAUGCACUAUCAACGAACGUAUUGAAAUAUAAUGGUUGGAAACCAUAUGCAUCACAAAUGGAAAUUGAAUCGUUUAGAAAAGGUCGAAUCGGAAGUAAUGAACUUUCCGUUGUUCCAAUGCCAUUAGACAUUAGUGACUCAAGUGUUUUCGAAGAAUGCGGUAAUAAUCAUAAAUUCAAAGGACGAAUUUCUCCAAAUAAUAAAAACACAAAUGGACCAUUUCCAACAUACAUUGUUGAUAAUAUACAAGUAAGUGAAGGUAAAUGGUAUUAUUGUGUUAAAAUACUAGUUAAUAACUAUAUUCAAAUUGGAUGGGCUACAAGUGAAUUUGUACCCCACCCAGAUGAUGCUCGUGGAAUAGGUGACGACAAAUAUUCAUGGUCAUACGAUGGAUCACGAGGUACACUUUAUAAUAAUGGAGAAUUUCAUUUCACUUCUGAUGAUAUUCGAUGGAAAGAAAAUGAUGUUUGUGGUUGUGGUAUUGAAAUUGAUGGUGAGAAUAUUUGUAUCAAAUAUUGGCUGAAUGGAAACUAUCUUGGCAAAGCUUUUGAACAUCAAUCAAAUAUCGCAUCAACAACAACAAUAUGUAAUAUGUUACCAAAUGGACGGCAAGGUACCAUCUAUUUUCCUGGUGUUUCUUUACAAGUUAGUUCUUAUUCUAGUAGCCGUUGUGAGCUCAUUUUUAGUCCAGAAGACAUGACGGAAUGCCCAUUACCAAAAGGUUACAAACCAUUAUUGAUGCCAAAAUUAAUCAAUGUCGAAAAUUCUAUUGUCGCUUAUCCUUAUAGUGCUUAUUUGAUUGAUGAUCAAAUUCAAAAUAACUUUCAUACACAACGAAGUACAACACCGACAACAUUUUUGCGUGAUUUUGUAAGCGAAGAUCAUCUUGAAACAGAAUUUACUAUUGAUAAUAAUCAGCUAGUCCUACCAGAAAAUAGUAAUGGUUUGCCACUUUCGAUCGAUAAUCAUGCGUCAUCAUUGACAAUCAGUUUUGAUUUUAAAACUUUAAAAAAAGUUGAAAACGAUGCUAACACAAAAUUAGAUAUUCUGUUAUUUACACUAGAAACUACAGAAAUAUUCUCAGUACAAAUCUCAAUAAGCAAAAUAGAAAACGAAAUACGAACUGCAAUCAUAGUCAAUCCGAAAGAACAACAAAUGAUAAUUUACUUCAAUAAUGAAUGUCGAAAAUUUCACAUUGCUUUUGAAGCUUCAACAAUGGCGAAACUAAAUUUUCAUAUAUUACCUAAUAUUGCCGUUGGAAUAAAAAAUCUUGGCAUUUGGAAAUAUGCUCUUUCGGAAGAACAUAUUCAGCGUCUAUUUACUUAUGGUUUAUUCUAUGUAGCAAUCGAUUAUCAACAGUUGAAAGAACAUCGAACACAAGCGAACACUAUCACGUUCAGUAAGAAUCAACAACAAUUUUCGAGCCAAUUACUUGUUCCGUUUAAUGAACCAUUCGAAAAGAACAUAUGGGAGAAAAAGAAGAAACAAGUUGACAUUGAUGAAUCCAUAUAUUUUAGAACAAUUGCUGGAACUGAUGAAUCUGUCGUACAAUUAUUUGGAAACAAAACAUAUCUCGUUCUAGAUAAAUCCGCUGAUCAAGGCUGUGAAUAUGCACUUAUUCUCGACAUUUGCAUACCUAAUUGGCCAACGAAUAAUGAAAAAUUGACACUAUUGAGAUUGAAUACACAAUCAGAAAUUUAUAUUACACAUAAUGGUAAAAUUAUUCUAUCUAGUAAUGGAACACAAAACAAAAGUGAUUCAACAUUGAAAUUGAAUGAAUAUUUCCGUUUGCAUAUAUCGUUUCAAAAGAAAGUUGUCAAAAUCUAUGUAAAUGGAAUACUGGAACUAAGUGUCAAUAUCAAUGAGGACCAAUUCAUGGGAAAAGCUAAACGAAUUGAACUGUUUCGAGAAGUGGAUUUAGGAAAGAAUACGACUAAUGAUGAUAGACUUCGAAUUGAAUGUAAAUCGAUCACAUUUUUAAAUGAUUUAAUAGCAGAUGCAGAUAAUCGUGAAGAAAUGAAAUCAACAAAAUAUUCAUUAGAAACUUUGGUUGCACCACCCUUUUCUAUAGUUGCAUUAAAUUUAGUUGCCAUUGGAUACAAAGAAUCAUGGAUAAAAUACACUAUGAAAGAAUACAAUACGAGUAAUAUUCGAUUGAUUGAUACAAUUAUACGUGAGAAAAAAGAAGAAUUCAUGAAGAACGAAGCUCAAAAUCGACAAAAACGUUAUUUCAAUAUUUUGUCGAGAUUAAAUCCAUCGAUUGAUAGAGAAAAAAUGGAAGAUCUGCUUGCGUUCUCAAAAUUUGAUACUGACGAACAAGUGACAGCUGCUUAUAAACUCGUCCUACUGCAUUGUCACGAUCUACAGACAUCGAAAUCGUUGUUGAAGACGUAUGAAACGAAAGAAAAUGUACUGAAUUUCAGUGAAAAUGAAACUUCAUUGUCAAGCGAAAAAUGGUACUAUCAAACUAUUCGUGGUUUAGAUGUCAAUGAUCAUCUCGACGAAUGGAUUCAAGGUAAAACAAAAAUGAUUCGAGCAGAAGAUCUCACUUGUCAAUUAUUCGAUUUGACAAAAUCUGAACAAGAAUUAACAACAAUGACUUCAUUUGCAGGAAGUCAACAAAAAAAGAUUAAAAAAUCAAUUCAAUAUUCACAUCGACAAAUUUCACAACAAAAAUACAUGAACUUGCGUGUUGCAUGUGAACACGGAUUGACAAUGAUGUAUGCACGUUAUACUGUUUGCAAUAUGUUAAAACUUUGGUCACCUUAUAGUUCAAAUAAAUUUCCAUGGGAAAAAUUUGGUGAUUGUGCACUUAUAACUAGGCUGUUACGUUUGAUGGAUUACCAUUACAUGUAUACAAAUACGAACAUAGAUGAAAAUGUUGAUAUCAUGAGUUUAUUAACGAAUUCGAUUCUCCAAGCUGAAAUACAAGAAUUAUUAAAAUAUUCCAGCAAUCACAAUGAAAUUAAUACUGAAAUUUUUACUUGA